AUGGGGCCCCUGUGUCCUUGCCCACACUCAAAGAACACCCAAAAAAAACUAUAAAAAAGGUACCAGGGGCAUUUUCAUGGGGCCCCUACUGACCCCAUGCCCUCAAAUAGGGGAUCAUGGGGCUUCUGUGUCCUUGCCCAAACUCAAAAAAGCCUAUGAAAAAGGUACUAGGGGCAUCUCAUGGGGCCCCCUACUGACCCCGGGCCCUCAGGCAGUGCCUGAGUUUCCAAAUGGUCAGUCCGCCCCUGGUAAGAAGCCAACUGGUGGG